GUCGCUGUCGUGUCCGAGAAGAUGGCUCAUCCGCCUCAUAGUAAUUACGCGCCCAGCGAGGUCUACUCCUCCACAGAACCGCCACCGGCGUACAUCAGGCCAAAGAGUACAGCGGUUCAAAUCGCAAGAAUCGCGGCCGUCACCUUGGUGACUAUGUGCGUGGUCCUUGGAAGCUUCAUCCUUGCAGCAUCCUGGGUCCAAGCUCGGGCAUCUUGCACCCCUGAGUCCAUUGCCGCUAUGCAGGCUGAGCUCAGGUUGCAGCAGCAGCAGCAACAGCAACCAUCCUCCGUCUCCUACCAGCAAACCGGAUUCUUCAAACACCUACAGCCGGAAGCUCUCAUCCAGGAUACCAUCGAGACAAAGGAAGUAUCGCAGUCCUUGGCUGAACAAACACCACCGAAGAAGGAAGCGGAGCCAGACACCAAGGACGUGAAACUCCACAAGGAGGAUGAGAACAAUUCAAAGUCAGAUAACGAAAGCGGCGACCAUGACGACGAUGACGACGACUACGAUGACGACGAGUUCCCUCCUGUACACAUUAAGCUGCCACUUCAAUUCGAUUUCGACGAAAUUGCCGGCACCCUGAUUCAAGAGGCACGCAGCAGAGUUUCUUGCGUGGUUGAGAGACGAAGGGCUGACCAAGUGAUGGACGGUGCUAAUAAUAAUAAUAUCGACAAUGGUACUGAUUCUCGCUACCAAAGACUGAGCGGAGAACGUGUGGCUAUUUUGUGCGAAUCUGGCAAUCCUCAUCAAGAGCAACAGGAUCAAGAAAUGCUUACGCCAAUCAUCAUUCCUUUGGGAACCGUCCAAGUACCAGUCCAGAAUCAGGAACCAAAUCCAAACUACUACCAGUACCAAGUGCACACUCAAUAUCAAGUUCCUGAUAUGCAACAGUUACCACUCAGCGAUCCACGUGGACUUAAUCAUAUUCCACCUGGCGUCCUUCCUCCUGAAUUGCGAAAUAUCCCUCAAGUAAUCAUGGAGAUGAGGCCUCCUCGUGUAGGUCCACAGGCACCCAUGAUGGGACCACAAUCCCCCCCAAUGGGCCCACAAGUGGAGGUACGCCGAAUUCCCAUCGAGUUGCGUCAUUUCCUGGCAAAUCUUAUGAGACGUAUGCGACCACCAAUGCCCCAGGAACCGCAACAAGUGCCCGUGAUGUACCAACAAGUCGAGCAAACAUCUGGAGGUUACGGUCAAGAACAAGGUCCAGCGAUGAUGCCUCCUCCAGCACCGCAGCCAGAAGCUCAGGUUCACGAGCAAAGGAUUAUUCCUCACGUGUUGAUCCCACAAACCGAACAACGUCCACCUCAAUUACCACCUCAAAUGCCACCUCAAAUGCCGCCUCAAAUGCCACCUCAAAUGCCACCUCAAAUCCCGCCUCAAAUCCCACCUCAAAUGCCGCCUCAAAUACAACCCCAAGUGCAGCCCCAGAUGCAACCUCAGCCUCAAACUCAGCCACAGCCUCAACCACAGCCGCAGCCUCAGGUUACUGAGAGACAACAUUCGCCCUUCCAAGGAAUUCCAUUCGAAAUUCGAAGGAUCAUCCAACAAGUACCUUUAGAGAUCAAGAAUAUCAUUCAACAUAUCACUGGUGAGGUGAGACCAGUGCCUGUACAAGUACCUGAAGGUGCUCGCCGCGAGAACGUACAAGAAUUUAAACCGUUCCCGGAAGGAGCACAACCCAUUCCUCUGGGACUUCCACUUCCGGUAGAGGUUCGAAAUCUAUUGGAGCAUGGAAAUAUCGAGGGUCGUCAGCGACCGGAUGGUUCCAGCGAACAACAGGAAGCUAAACCUUUCCCCGGACCGGAAGAUGACAGCGAGGAAGAAAGGAACUUCCCUGUACCAGCAGAAAUUCGUAACAUAAUUCAUCAGGUCGUAGAAGGUAAUGCUUUUCCAGUACCAAGAUUUGCUAUGUCGCUGAGACCUGUCGAAUCUUUGGAGAUACCUGUUGAGGCUCGUGCUGAAGUCUCCGAUAGCCAAAGUUCCGAACAAGAAUCAGAGCAGAGACAGCAGGAACAGCAACAAACGACUCACUUGAUGAUGCAACAGCAGCAACAACAGCAGCAAGCUCAACAGCAACAACAGGAGCAAGAAGAGGAAAGUCGCCCACACUACGUCCAGCCACGUUCAGUGCGUUCCAUCCCAGAGGCAUUCACCCAUCGCCGUGAGAAACGUGUACGCCGUUGCGCUUGUGAUUGCGCUUGUUAAUUCCACUUGCAGCGCAUCGGAUCGAAUGUCCCAUCGUACCCGGUCAAAGAUGCCCAAAAAAGAAGAAAAGCAUCUCGGAACAUGUUUGACGAGUUCCUGUAACCCGAAAAAACAUUUUUCAGGCUAUCACAGUACAUGAACGUUUUCCUCCUUAAAUUUCAUAUUUUUGUAAAUUUUACUCAAGUAAACUGGACCAGGUACCUCACAUCGUAGAAGAUAAUAUGGGACGAGUGUCGCAGAGGUUAAGAGCGUUUCGUUAAGUUUGUAGUAUUAUAUCGUUAUAAAGCAACAACGCCACGGACAUAUUUUAUUUAGGCUGUUCAUAGUACGAUGGAAGCAAAUAAAAUGGCAAAAAUAAAGACAGUACGUGGCCCAGAAGACACUGUAGAGAGUAGAGAUUUAUAUCAACAGGGAUACACCUACAAUUAGGGGGGAGGAAGAUCUAUUGUUUACGAGUGAUAUUCUUUCUAAACUAACACGUCUCCAAUGGAGGAAAGGCAUUAAUUUUGUCAUUACAGUUUCUUCUUCUAGUGAUGUAACCACAUACAGGGAGAAAAUGGGAGAUAUGAAUAAAUCUGUGAUCGUUUCGUUCAUUAUCAUUGAAAAAGAAAAAAAAAGAGAAAGAAAGAAAGAAGAAACUAAUAAUAUUCUUAAAUAUAAUCAGAGACAAGUUUGUAACGUUUCAUAACGAUCCCUAUGUAUUAUGUGGAUUUGAUCAAGAGACACGUCAAAUUCUUUAAUUCGUGAUCAAUAUCGAUUUUUUCGUUUGGUUACUUUUAAUCGGUUGUUUGCUUGAAAGAGUGAAAAUAAAGUUUGAAAAUCCUUUCGUAAAAUCCAAUUUCCGGCUUCGACGUGUAUAUUAUUACUCUUGUUCUGUAUUUGCAGCCUCGUUUUUUUGAACAUCACUUUUUACGUCUAUCCUAAAUUGUUUUAAGGUAUGGAUAUUUUAUUAUUCUAUA